UUCCUUGGAAAUAUCGAAGAGUAAGUUAGAAAUUGGCAUUCGAUUUUUUUUCUAUAUUUACAAGGAAUUGAUUCGGUCGUCCGCUUGUCAGAACAGACAUCAAGUUGGACUGACUUCAUAUACGCAAAAUGGAGUGGUUUGCAACUCCAGAUUUUAGAUUUUAUACCAAACCUCCAAAACUGCGAUUUCAUUUGCACGUGCAUCACAUCCAAUCGCCGAGAACAAUGUUUGACAUAAGCGGAAAGAGGCAAACAAUGGUAAAUAAAAGGCAGAAGGAGACAAAUAGACCAUGAAUGAGAUUUUCCCGCGAUUAUUUGCUAGCACUAAUGCUAUAAAUAAGCCCACCUCCGAAAACAAUGUUCGCUAGUCUCGUUGCUACAAGGAGGUUCGUAGGCAGAGAUACAUUGCAUCAAAGACAAACCCAAGUUUCGUGGCUAUAAAAAAAUCACCUUUUGCAUGAAAAUAUAAUCAUUUACUCUUGAUGUUAUGAUAUAUUUGUCCCUAUAGACUAAAAAGGAAAUAGCGUUCCCUACAAUUGCCACGGAAGUACUCCGGUUGUCAAGUCGAGUUGCUACGCACGCAACAAUUCAUUCAGUACCAGUCAUUACUGCAAUAUAAACGUCAUUACCUAACACGCAUUUGAUGUUUUCUAUUUAAACGCGUUAGAAAUAAAUUGAUUGUGACCACACGCGGCAAAAGAAAACUUAGUGAGCACACAGAGGAAACAACAUGUCUGAUAAAUUUGAUAAUUCUUCUUGAAAGCUGACAAUGGUUUCUCGAGCGUCUCUAAAAACACUUCGGGUAGCGCUUUGUUCGUUUACGUUUAUUGUAUCAGUAGUUUGGCUGACCGUGUUCAUCAGUGACCCUUGCACGUGGAAGAUGGCGAGUCCGUCCACUUGUGUGGAGAAAGAACAACAACCCUCUGCCAUGGACCCUGCUGUGUUACAAGGACUUAAUCACCACAUCUGGGUGAAUAUCUGCGCCUCCAGCAUCGCCCUUAUCUGCGAGACGCCCUUGUUCCCAAAUGUACCGUCGUACCGCAGGUUUAUCAGUACAACUGAAUACUUCUGGCCAGACAAGAAAGACUUCGCGCAACGAGUCUUUGGUUAUUUGCAGCCGGAUGAAUCGGGGUUUUAUGCAUUUGCUAUUUCAUCCGACGAUUCGUCAGAGCUUUGGUUGAGUAAAGACCAGCAUAUACGAAAUUCAGCGCUAGUAGCGCACGUGGGCAAUAAGAGAGAAACGGAGUGGACGGAAUUUAGAGACUUCGUAAAAUUUAAAAGUCAAAUUUCACAAGAGGUUUUUCUUGAAAAAGGGGAGCUCUAUUUUAUAGAUAUCGUACAUGUUCAGCUUGGCGAGGGAAACCAUGUGAGCGUACUAUGGAAAAAGCCGGAGGAAAAGAAUUUUACGUCUAUCUCAACUAAACAUCUUCUACCCUUCUUUACAAAUGAUGAACAUAUGAAUGGGAAAUUCGACUGGAGGGUCCCACAAACUAACGCAUGUAAAAACCUUGACAACCCGUAUAACGGAUUUCUAAACGCCACAAACAACAAAAUCUCUGAUUGGCAAUCGUUCUCAAAGGUGCUACCACAUUGUGAAGAUUACGUUGCGACACCAAAAGUGCGAAUCAACCAAACAGGUGACGCGCUUGGUAAACACUACCAUGAGACUUACAUGUAUCCGUACAUCAUGCGUAUGCACAGUUUGUACUUAUAUGAAGGCUUUUGGAGGGCACGAGAGCUGAGCAGAGAGGACGCGACAGAAGUGGUUACCGUGUAUAUGCAAAAACUCUACCAGACGUUCGGAAGCAAAUACAAGCUAAUCACUAUUGAAAAUGUCGAAAAGAAAAUCUUUGAGAACGGAACACGCUAUCUCCUGGAACUAACAUUAAACGACACUGUAGCUAAUAGUGAAGAACAUCUCUCGAACUACGUCUACCAGCCAACAAACUCUAGCGAACUCUGCAGUCCAGAGUCCAGUCAAUGGGACAGAAAGGCGAUAGUGACCUUUGUCAUCACCGUAAAGAACCAAGGCCCCUGGGUACAUUUGUUCCUCGAAAACAUCGCACGACUCGUACACGAGACGAGAGAUAGAGGAAUACGGGUUGUAAUCUUUGAUUACGAAAGCCACGAUCUAGAUUUAGUGGACGCUGUCAAAAGGAGUGGAAUCGCUGAGAUUGUUAAGACGGUUUCUAAACCGGGCAAAUACUCAAGACGAGAGGCGUUCAACGUCGCUAUUAAUCUCGUGACUGACCCAAACAGCAUCGUGCUUCUGACAGAUCUACACCUUGAAAUGACAAGUCUACUAUUAAAUGACAUUAGAAAGCACUGCAUCCAGGGCCAGCAAGUCUACACCCCUCUUAUCGUUCGACAGCUCAGGUGUUCCUCCCCCAGAGUACCCAUGUGGGGGUACAUUGGAUAUUGGGAGACCCUGGGGUUUGGGAUUGUAGCCAUGUAUAAGUCGGACUGGGACAGAACCGGAGGAUUCAAGUUUGAUGACAGCAACAAGCAUAAGUGGGGAGGGGAGGACUAUGAAUUGGUGGAUAGUGUUGUUGAAGCCGGACUAGGGUUUGAACGGGUUGGCUGUCCUUAUAUUUACCACUAUAUGCAUAUUCGUGAAGGAAUGUGGGAAUAAAACGAACGUGCUUCAAGAAUUUUUAUCGUAAACAUGCGUUGUACCUUUAAUUAAAAGUUUCCCGCAUCUUUCUCCCCGACAUUCUAAAAUAGCGGCUUAUAAGAAAUCGAACAGUCGGUGGAAGACAACAAGUAGAUAAUCGAUAUCAACGUCUAGGGUUUGCAUUGAAUAUGUUCAUUAUUAAUUCUUAAAUUAAACGAAACUUACCUGGAAGUUGGAUUUUGAUUGGGAUUCUUCUAGUCACCAUAACAUUGAGGGAUUAAGUGAGAUAGCAACGAUGCGCAUGCGCAACUUCAGUCUUUAAAUAAACAGAUUGUAGGCAUCUUCAAAAACUUGAGGAAAAGCCAAACAAUACUGGGAGGGACCCUCUAACACAGGGAGAGCACUUAAUCCCUCAAUGUUAUGGUGACUAAAAGAAUCCCAAUCAAACUUCAACUUCCAGGUAAGUUUCGUUUAAUUUAAGAAUUCUUCUACGUCACCACAUUGAGGGACCAAGUGAGAUUUUGCAGCCAAGAUGACUGCAAUCUGCGUAAAUUUCCAACACACAAUGUGGACAAUAUUGUUGUAACAACAAUGCAUGUAUUUACUCUAAAAAUAAUAGCCAACGCUAUAACCAAGUCACAUGUGAAAAAUGAACAUGUUUCAAUGAAAGAGGUGAAGACAAAAAUUC